UCCGAAACAUCUGGGCAACAAAAGGGCUCAGAGGAGCUUAAAGUGAGACAGCUGUGAGACAGUAGAGCAGACAGACUCUGGUCGUCGACAUGAAUCCUGCUCUGCUGGCGUCUGUCUUGUCUUUGCUGGCCACAGUGGCAGCUCAGCCAUAUGACCACUAUGACAUGGGCUGGGUGAAUGGUUACCGCCAGGGCUUCAACUUCCAGUGCCCCCAUGGAGAGCUCUUGGUUGCCAUCAGGAGCUACUUCAGUGAGAAGGAAGGCUCGGACCGACUGUGGUCUUUUGAGUGCCAGCCUGUACCUGAUAAUAUGGGUGAGCCAAGCGACUGCUGGUGGGACGACAUCAACCGAGCCGGAUUGGAGUGGACAUCCACGUGUACCCGAAUACCUUUGAAUCCCCCCCGCGAAUGGCAGUUCUACUGCUGCUACUACAAACGCCGCUGUCCGUACUCCUGCAUGAAGACCGCCGACGUUCCUGAAUACUACAGAGAGGAGGGAGAGAUGGUCAUCCCUGCUUAUGGCUACUUCAUCCGAGGGGCCCAGACCACAUUCAGCGGAGUACUCAGAGAUCGGCAGUGGAAGUACAUCUUGUGCAGACUGACGGACUUUGACUGUGAAUUUGAGAAUUUAUAGACCUUGUAAGGAGUGUCUUAUGAAACGUAUAACCACUACUUAUUCAGCCAUAUCACAGUAACCAUAAAGCAUAAAAGUGGUAAAGCUCUUGUUUUAUAUCUUUUCAUGUAAUAAAUAGACCAACUUAAGGAAUGUUGUCUUAUAAUCACUCUUCUUUUUUGUAUUGCUUUCGCAUUAAGAACUGAUAUACGACGGCACAAAAUGAUACACAGUGAAAUAAGCAUCUGCGCAGCCUUGGAGUCCAGAGAAUAUGUGAGCUUUUUACCUGGGAAAACCGUUAACAGCGUGCAAGUGUUUCUCAGAAUGUAAAAUGUUUAUAGCAUUUUUGACAAAAAAAAAAAGAAUCUCUUCUACAAUUUCCCAGCAAGAGAACCAAAAAGUGCUCAGUGAGCUGUGUGAUUGAGGAUAUCCUCUUGAUGGAAAAAUUGGAGCUAUAAAUCAGGCCGUAUGUGUGUUGCAGCCAACUGUGUCGCACCUACUUUGAAUGGUUGCCAAACCGUUUCUUCAUGUAUGACAUGUUAUGUUUGCCAUUUUUGUCUGUGUGGAAAAAAAAUUGAAUAAAAAAUAUUUAUUAUUAAA